AUGUGCAUAUAUAUGUAUAUAUAUAUGCCAUUUGUGUGGCAUAAACAAAAAUGUUUAUUGUGAUAUUUUGUCCAAAUACUGAAUGAUCUGUUAAUAAAGUUUCCUUGGAAAGUGUAAUUAGAGGAUAGGAGAAUGCCACUGUUUCAGAGAUUAGCAUUAAAAAGACAAAAUAAAUAGUUGAAUGUUGAAUAGAAGAGUCAGGUGUGACCAGCACAAUGUGGAGACUUCAGAGAAGCAAGAAACUAUGCCUCUUUUUCACCUUUCUGUGCUUCUUAGUUUUAAUUUAUUGUGCGAUAUCAUUAAUUGAGACCUCCACGAGGAUGCUGACCCUUCAGACUCAGGGAAAAGUUAGGAAACUCAGGGAGAAAAGCCGUGUAAUUGUGGGUCAUUACAUUGGUCCAGGAAAUCUAGGCAAUAUCUCCAAGAGUGACUUGAAUACAAAUAACUUCUCUCCAAUUCCUGGAGAAGGAGAGAAUGGGAAGCCAGUUGCCAUACCUGUCAAGGAUAUGGUGAAAAUGCAGCAAGUCUUCCAGAUAAAUCGUUUUAAUCUUCUGGCCAGUGAUAGAAUCUCUCUCAAUCGGACGCUACCAGACGUUAGGCGAGUAAAAUGUAUUGAGAGGAAGUACAGUAAAAAUCUUCCCAGCACUUCUGUGAUCGUGGUCUUCCACAAUGAGGCUUGGUCAGUACUUCUGCGGACUGUUUGGAGUGUUAUCACGAGGAGUCCUAAGAACUUUCUUAAGGAAAUCAUCCUUGUCGAUGAUGCAAGUGAGAGAAGUUUCCUGACUGAACCACUCGAAAAUUAUGUAGCGACCCUUCCUGUGAAAACACGAAUAUUCCGGUUGCAAGUGAGGGAAGGCCUUGUUGCAGCGCGACUUCUUGGAGCUCAGCAUGCCAAAGGGGAUGUCCUUAUCUUCCUGGAUGCCCACUGUGAAUGCUCACCGGGUUGGUUGGAACCACUCCUGGCUGAAAUCCAAAAAGAUCGACGAAAAGUUGCGUGUCCAGUAAUUGAUAUUAUAUCGGACGACAAUUUUAGUUAUGUUAAAAGCUUUGAGCUCCAUUGGGGAGCUUUCAACUGGCAACUGCACUUCCGGUGGUUUGCCCUCGAGAGCAGCGAAUUACUGAAAAGGCGGAAUGAUAUAACAACACCCUUCCGGACCCCAGUUAUGGCUGGUGGCCUAUUUGCCAUUGAUCGGGAGUAUUUUUACGAAAUCGGAGCCUAUGACAGGGCCAUGAAGAUUUGGGGUGGAGAGAACAUGGAGCUAUCCUUUAGGGUUUGGCAAUGUGGAGGUGAAAUUGAAAUAGUACCCUGUUCCCAUGUUGGACAUCUCUUUAGGAAGAGUUCACCCUACACUUUUCCCGGAGGAGUUAACGAAAUACUCAAUAAGAAUCUAGCUCGUGUAGCUCUUGUGUGGAUGGAUGAAUGGUCAGAGUUUUUCUUCAAAUUUAAUUCAGUGGCCUCACGAAUUGGCAAAUUUGAAAAUGUGACUGAUCGUUUAGCUUUACGAAGUACACUGAAGUGUAGGGAUUUCGAGUGGUACUUAACAGAAGUCUGGCCACAGCACUUUUUCCCGACAGAUGACAGAUUUUUCGGCAGAAUUCUGCAAAUUGCAACUGGAAGUAAAUUGUACGUGGCGUAUAAGAAUUUCCUGAGAGGGAGUAGAGUGAGUGGAAGUGGAGGCUAUUGGAUGAAUUUAAUACGAUUGAUAAAUAACAAUACUGACAAAUUGCAUAAUCUCUUGGAUGGAGAUUACAAGAAUGUGCUUUGCUUAAUGCGCUCCGCAUCUAAUGGUGCUUUCAACCAAUUUGGCCAGGCAACACUUGAGCUUUGCGAAACAAUUCCACAGAAUUCACUCACGCAAAUGUUUGUGGUGACUAAAGAGGGUAAGAUAAUUACAGAUGAAAAUUUAUGCAUUGAUGCCUCGGAGAAAGCUGCAGAAUCAACCAAUAACUCCACAAUGGUUAGACUUAUAACAUGCUCAGAUACUGUUCGUCAGUCGUGGCUCUAUGAUCCUGCUAAACUCAAGAUAAUACACAAAGUAUCAAAUUUUUGUCUGCAUGCUGCACAGAAAAAUGAACCAGUCAUUGAGAAAUGCAGCCAACAACUCGAUCAAUCAUGGAUUUUUAUACCACAUCCAUGGAAAUAACUCUACAAUGUGAUAAGAAAUUCCAAAUAAAAUUGGAAAUCUCUGAAGAUUGAGGCAGGAUGCUGAACAGAAAAUUUAUACCAAACCAUCUGCAACGACUGUAACAUUUCAAAUGGAAUUUUGCUCAAAAAGCCUAAAUGUAGGCAAAUUGUAUUUGAAGAGCAACGGAUAUUUUGUAAAAUUUACAAUACUACUAAUGACAAUGACUAAUGUAUAAGAAUAAAAUUGAAUAAAAUUUUUAUGGCAAGCAAUUUGCUCAGAAUUGUCAGUAAAAAAUUAAAAUGAUCAGUAAUGACUCCAGUACCAUUUAGAUCAGGAAAAUUUCAUGAAAUUGAAAUUGACAUUUCAUUCUUUCUCAGAAGUUUUGCAUUGUUUGUUCCAAUCUUUCUCACUCUUUUUCUUCGUUUAAAUAUCACAAUAAUUUCAAUUUAGUUCAACAGAAAUUUGAUUGCGAGAGGAUGAGAUAGACAUAUGAAAAAAGUUUGAAAAAGAAAGGGAUGUGUAUUUGUAUUUCAUGAAAUUUUUCUGAUCUAAAAGGUGUGUAAAAUUUCAUGAAAACAAAAUUCACGUCGCUUUCUUUCUCAAAAAAAUACAUAAAUCUAUCCAACUCUUUCAGAUUCAAAAUUGUACUGAACUAAAUUUAAUUUGGUAUGAUGUUCAGAAGAAGAAGAAGAGUGCAAAAGAGAAGGAUAGACAUAUAGUAAAGUUUUAAAAAUGAAGGGAUUGUGAAUUUCGAUUUCAUAAAAUUUUCCUGUACUAAAAGUAUGUCCGAGAUUUAAAGACAGCUUUCAAAAAUUUGAUAGAGGAAUGUUAAAAUAGAUCAAUAAAAGAAUUCGAUUUUCGUCAGUAAGAAAUCAAUAGUAAUCGGUAAAAAAAAUCGAAUUCGGUUGAGCUUCGCUUAUGCACUGGACAAAAUUUAUUUUUCUAGACGAAAUUAGGAUUUUUACUAACAAAAACUAACUAAAUUCAAUUUUAUAUCGGUUAUUUAAAAUUCGGUCAAGCAAAUUGAUUUUAUUAGUUUUAAAAAUUGAUUUUGUCUAAGUAAAAGAACUCAUUAAAAUUUUGUUCAGUAAUAUUAAAAUUCUUCAGAACAAAACUUUCUUCAGUUAAAAAUCGAUUGCAAUCUAUAUAAAAAAUGAUUUUGGUUGAGUAAUGAUUAUGCACAGAACAAAAUUGGUUUUCUAACUACCUAAAAUUAAUUUAUUGCUGAAGAUAAUCGUUGAUGGUACUUCCCUCAAUAUUUUUUUUAAAUUUAUAGAUAUAUUUUUCCCAAUUACAAAAAAAGAAGGCAUUAGAUACUUAAAGAUGAAGACUGCGAAAGAAUGAGACAGACACAUGCAAAGCGUGUGAGAAAGAAAGGAAUUCGAAUUUCGACUUCAUGAAAUUUUCCUGAUCUAAAAGGUCUGCCGGAGCCAUUAACCAAUUUUCUGGAGCUAAAACCGAUUUUCCAGUGAUUAAAUUUUAUUAUUAUAUUCCUUUGUCGAUAUUAAUAGUUUUCCUAAGCAAAAUCGAUUUUUCCUAGCUAUUUUUCGUUGGGAUUUGUUUUACCAAUAUAGAUUUUUACUAGCCAAAAACGAUUGGAAUAAAAUGGGGUAAUUUCGAAUCAUUUUCAUUUCGGAAUUUUGAGAUUACUGCACAGUUUUAGAUAUGCGAAAGAAAAAAAAAAACAUGAAGAAAAGCUGUUCCUUUCCCUUUUACUCUUCCUUUUUAUUUAUUUUGUGAUCUGUUUUUAUUUUCUCGUUUUUCCUCCUUGCCGAUCUGAGACAGUCUAGAAAUCUCAAGUGUUUCUAUUUGGUAAUGGCUCCAAAUUGCCCCACUUUUCGCUUUUGAUUGUCCAGAACUCAUUAUUUUUCACUGUCCGAAAUUUCAAAUUUUACUAAUUGUUAAUCGAAUUUUGACUGGCGAAAAUUGAUCAAUAUAUAAACUCUUUAAUAUGAUUUUUGACUGAAUAUAGAUUUACUACUGAACGAAUUUGACUUUUGACCAGCGAAAAUCGAUUUCUUAGUUCGCAGAAGUAUUUGACUGACCGAAAUUAAUUACAAACUGUCUAAGAUUGAUUUUCACUGAUUUUUAGUUCUGUUAAAUAUUGAUAUUCUACAAUGAACAAAAUCUAUUUUUGGCAAAGAAAAAUCUACUGACCAAAAUUGACCUUGUUUUUUUUUUAAUAAAAUCAUUUUUUCUUAAUAAUCCUUAAGCAUCCGGCAUACCUUUUAGAUCGGUAAAAUUUCAUUAAAUUAAAAUGUGUGUCCCUUUCCUUAUAAAAAGUUUUGCAUAAGUCUACUACACUCUUUUGGAUUCAAAAUUAGACUGAACUAAAUUUAAUUUAGUAUGUCAUUCAAAAGAAAAAGAUAAGUGUGAAAGAGUAGGAUAGACGUAUGCAAAACUUUUAAGACAGAAAGGGAUGUGAAUUUUCCUGAUCUGAAAGGUAUGUUGGAGCCAUUGCUGAGCAAAUUUGAAUUUUUACUUACCAUUUUAGCCAAAAUACUGUUAAUUAUGCAGCAACCAACAAGAAAAGAAUAAUUAAAUAAAAAUUUUCAAUAUAUCAAAAUUUUAUUACGUAGAAAUUUGUCAUGUUUUCUUUUCUAUAAACAAAAAAAAUAAUUGUGCUGUUUUUCUAUGUAAAAAAUGGUAACAAGAUUUAAGUUGUAAUUUUACAAAAAAAAAUUAUUUAAUUCUAUUUAAACUAUUAAAUCAAUAUAUUAAUUUUCUAUGAAGAAAACAUUCUCUCUUUUGCGUCUAUGUUACAAAUUUUGUCAUAAUUACAGGUCAUGUGAAUUACAAUUUUCUUAUUAAAGUAAAAAAUUUUGAAAAA